GCGCUACCAAUCAGCCAAUCGGCAAGCUCCCAGCGCCUCUGCGGAUUCCAUAACAAGUGUUUGGUCUCGGAUGGAGAGAGGCGGAUUCUCUCAAAAUCGCGCACCCGUCUCGCUUAAAUUCAAUAAUGCUCAGAUUUUCCUUCCACCUCCUGGUCUUGAGAGUCUAAAUUUCUUGCGUGGGCCUUGUGGGUAAUGUCUCCCUCAUCAUCUGCAUCAUUCAGACCAGGGUCUCCUCGGGCAAGACGUUUGAGUUGUUUUUUCUGGGAUUGGCCACGGCCAACCUGGAAGAGAUUGUCUUCGUCAACAUCUAUGACUUUGUCAUCCUUCAGAGGUCCUACUCUGUCUGGGACGCGUGGCUGUGCCGUUCGCUGAAGUUCUUGAUGGUGUUGGGGGAAAUCAGCGGCAUCCUCUUCACUGUCCUCAUCAGCGACUACUGCUACCAGAAGCUCAGAGACGCCAACAAGAGGGUCCACCUUGCCAUCUACCUGGAUAACAUCCGUGCUGCCUGGAAGGCAAUCGGGUUUUGCGUUGGUAUCUCUAUGCUCUUGAGUGCCCCCAUUUUUGUCGUGAAACUGCAAGGCCGGAACCAUACUUCGAACCACACAGGAUGCUGGCCGGAUUUCUUUCUAUGCAGCAACGACCUCUGUCCGACGAUUAACCGCAUUUACAAGUAUGCCUUCAUCCUGCUGUGCUACGUGCUGCUUCUGGCCGUCGUCACGCUUACAAGCUGCUUCAUCGUCGCCGUGCUGCUCGGACCAAGGACCGCAGUUAAGACUGUCGCUAGCGUGUGUGGCUCCACCCAGAUUGAGAGAAGGCGUAAGGUUCGGAGGCUCGCGAUGGCUUUGUUUCAGGUAGACUGGACUCUCUAUCUGAUUUUGCAAAUGAUUUUCAACGCCACUGACUUUCUAUUUUGGAUAGAACUGGAGUUCUUUAUUACCACGUCCUACAUGUCCAUCAGUCCAUACGUGUUUGGGAUAGCUAAAAGCUUAUUCGCCAUUAAGAACUUUUGGAAAAAGUAGUAUCUUUGGUGUUUUUUGUUUUUAAGACUUAAUAAAACCUGGGUGUUCCAGGCAGACUGGACUAUCUAUCUGGUCUUCCCGAUGACUUUCAACCCCACCAAUGUUGCCUUUUGAGCAGGACUUGAGUUCUUCAUAAGCCACAUCCUCCACCUCCAUACGGGUACGUGAUCAGAAAUGGCUUGGUCUCUGUCAAAAACUUAAAAGAAAAGGUAGUUUCUAGAUGUUCUUCUUCUUCACUAUCGAGACUGUAAAGAAAAAAAACCUGAAGAAUUUUUAAACAGAAGGCUCUCCACCAUUUGUAAGGUCCAUUGUGACCCAAAAAAACGUUUAGUUUAUCCAUCGGAAUUGAAUGGGUACCUUGUGAUGGAAUCGGCGGUUGUGUAGUGUUAAACCUAACUGGCAAUGCAGUCCAGUUCAAUGCAAAUGUCAAAAGUGCAUUUACUGUAUACGGCUUGUCCCUUUUUCCGUUUAAAAAAAAAACAAAACAGUACAUUAUAAUGCUCAACGCUCUCAAGGAGGGUUUGUUGCAGGGCUUUUGUAACACGCGCCGUUUGUUUUAUUUGCCUAAUAAAUAUUAAAGUGGCCGCGCGACAUAUUGAUAAAAUGUGUUACUUCUGGAGUUGUCACCCUUUGCCCGACCCACAUUUAGCCCCAACCACCCCGUCCACAUUUUGUAUUUUUGCUCUUAAACUUUCACUAGAUCAUCACACUAUCUCCUGUAUGUAUGUAAAGUCAAUCAAUUUGAACUGAAAAUAGUAGAGAACAAUGCAACUUGUAAUUGUUGAUGUCAAGCAAUUAAAACACAUGUUGCUGGUUA